ACAGGUCACUGUUUUUAAUGGACACAAAGCAACUAAGCUUAACUGGAUUACCAGCUUUUUCUCAAGGUAUUUUUAAAGUUUUUAACCAGUUCAGAUUGCAGAAGGAAGACUGUUCGUCACUGUGCUGGCUUCUCGAUGAACCUCUCAUCCAUGGCGCUCGGCUGGAUGUCACCAGCAGGAUCUCUCCAGCCUUAACCAGAGCAUUGAUCUCCACAAGGACUGUAACACUACGACAGUUGGUGCAACUGUCAGGACCGGACUUUGCUCACUCAGACGAUGUAGCAACAAAGCUAGGGGUAAAGUCUGUACGUGUGGUUGCACAGCUUUUACAGAGGUAGAGAUCAGCACUUACAUCUGAAGAGCGCAUGCAGCUCAGGGACUACUGCGCUGGGGUGGUCAGCUCUGAGGAAGGUGAGCCCAAUCCAGUUCUUUCUCUUGUACCUAAUCUGUCAGAGGUCUCAGGUCCCCUCCUCGGAGAUGGGGAAAGAACAGCUAUAGGCCUUAACAUAGCCUCGGGUAAGAGCCUCUGUAAACUGUGUGUAAAAGUUUACAACAAGAGAUGGCUAGACGGGAGGGCAGACACGCCCUGGCGCAGUGUCCUUGGGCUGAAUGAUGAUGUAAAGCCAGAGUGGCGAACGUUGUACAAACCACCGUUAACUAAAAGAACAGGUGACCUGCAGUGGAGAAUACUGCAUGGCAUUGUCUCUGUUAAUGCUUUUAUCUGUAUUUUAAACCCAGAGGUCACACAUGAGUGUCCUUUUUGUUUACAGAGGGAGACAGUGUUUCAUGCUUUUAUGAACUGUUUUAGACUUCGUCCACUUUUUAGUGUUUUAGCGAGUGUUUUAACACGGUUUUUACCCCACAGGUUUUUAUCCUUGGUUUUAAAUACACCAGAAAAGAAAGGUUCAAGUGUCAGCUGGUCAAUUUUAUCCUGGGCCAGGCGAAACUGGCCAUCUACACCAGCAGAAAGAACAAAGUGACACAGAACACACAACAUGAUGUUACUGUAAUCUUUCAGAGACUGGUCAGAACAAGGGUCUUUGUUGAUUUCAACUUUUAUAAAAGUAUGAAUGACCUUGAAAAGUUCCAGCUGAUGUGGUGUUAUGGGGGAGCCGUGUGCACUGUUUUAAAUGAUGAACUGCUGUUUGCACUUUCUCCAGGUCAGUGUCAGUGAGAAUCCCUCCCCCCGGGAGAAGCCCUGCAGGAUGUGACCCUGACAGGAAUCCUGAGUCGAGUGGGAUGGCUGUGAGUGAAGAGACACUAAAGCAGCAACAGCAGGAUCUUCCUCCUUCCUCUCAGCCUCCUCCUCUUCCUCUCUGUGAGUCAGUGAGUCAGAGAGUCCACCAGGGGGCGCUGCAGUCUCACCUGAUCCCACAGGGCUACCAACAUCCACACAGCCACAGCACCACCCGGGAGCAACACUUACAGAUGCAGGUGAAGCAGCUCCAGAAAGCUCUACAUGAGCAGACUGCACUACUCAACUUCUUCAGUCCAGGGCUGAUGCUGUCCCCGGCUUUCUUACCCCAGGCGUAUUCACUCUCACAGCGUCCGGAUACAGAUCCGCUCUCUCACUCUGAAGGGCUAAUAGACUGUAAGAAGUGUGUUAUUAUGAGAGCAGGAGUGGAGCAGGAAGUCCCAAGCUGUGGUCCUCAGCUCACAUGGAGCCCAGACCACACGUCUGUACAGACGGACGGAACAGAGCAGACACGUUUAUCUCCUAUUAAAGAGGAGAAUAGCGAGCCGGGGGAGGAAACGGGAACGGUCAGUCCUUUUGGUGUCAGGAGAAAAGUCCCUGCGAAUCCAGAGGAAAGACCUAUUCGGCCUGGACUCAAAGAAAUGGAGAAGACUUUCGAAGAAUUUGUUGAAGAGAAGCUCAAAUUGGAUGAAGAGUUCAUAAAAAAGGAUAAACAACUCAGAACAGCAGAGAAAAGGAAUUUCCUGCGUAAAGGUGAUGGAAAAUCUAGAAUCAACCAUAGUAAAGACAACAUCCAGAAAAUGCAAGCAGCCUCCAAGAGCACAGCGUCAACAAAGAUUCACAGACCCUCAACAUCAUCACCUGUCCAGCACGGUGACCAAAGUAGCUGGAUGAACCGUAGCCCUCAUACUCCACAAAGCAGCAGCUCUGCUCUGGAGAACCUGCGCUUAAUGAAAAAAGGGAACAUGAAGUGGUCUGAGCAGAGAUCUGGUCAGGAGAACCUAUUGAGGAACAACGUUCCUUCACACGGUGCCAAAUCUUUGGAUUUAGAUCGCAAGAAACAUGCUUCUUUAAAAACUGAAGAACCUUCCAAGCAGCCAAAUCGAACAAAGUUGCAGAAUGGAGAUGUGUUGCUUUCUGCCAGAAAAGUGGCUCCAAAGAUUCCUCUUCCUGAAGAAAAAAUUGGCUUCAAAACGGUAAACGAUCGCAUUGUUCGAGUGUAUGAUCUGGAGGAAGCUACGACCAAGACGCUAAGCUUGACCACUGAAAUAAAGCAGUUGCUCCUCCAGAGCUCUUCUGGUGGUGACAGCACCAGUACUGAGGAUGAUCCCAAACUUCCUGAUCCCUCAAGAAGAAACUCAAACCACAAGCUGGAUCUAUCUGACGAGGAUUACGCCAGCGACGCUCCGAGUGAUGCUGGAACAAACGACUUUCCACCAGCUCCACGCUGCUUCUCAUCUCAACUUUCCACUUCAUCCGGAUCUGAAGACAGAAGCGACUCUGAGCUGCAGCAAUUUUGCUGGUCUGAACCACAUAAACCUUCCUCACAAAGAUCUCCAAAAGAGACCAGCGCUGAGGUUACACACUUCAGCACCAGGAGAUCCUCGCUCCUCACUAGGAUUUUCCCUCAAGUGAAAUCUCCAGGAAAAACCAAACCAGACAACGAGCUCUGGGAGAAAGCGUCAGGAACUCGACGCUUAAUAAACGGAAGUGAACCAGUGAAGAAAGUACAGGAAAAUUCCGGGUCGGAUAUCAGAGACGGAGCAAGCGAUGACCUGAUGAUGGACAAGAUGAAAACAGAGCAGGAUAAAGCGCUGAAUUUCAUCAGAUGUGAAAUGGACCGCUUUUCGAACAGCGACAAAGACAACCUGCAAAACUUCCCAUCUUCAGACGACACACCUCAGGAUGUCACACAGCACCUUAACAAGACGGGGGAUCUCAGAGAGGAAAUCCAGUUUCUGAAAGAGCAUCUGAAGAGACGUGAGAGCGCGUGGUGGCAGGCUCACAGCGAGCUGCAGAACCGAGUCGAUGUCCUGAGCAGAGAGAACCAGGCGCUGAUGAUGAGUCAACGUGUCGUUCAUGUUAAACCUCAGAGAUCCUCCGGCAGAUCCACACCUCAUCCUGACGCUCAAAACCUGGCGAGAAAACACUCGGUUCUUGAACUGAGCAAUUCCCAGGAAAAGAGUGAACAGAAAAUUUCACCUUCAAGACGAGACUCGUCAAAUUCAAGGACUUCCACGGCGUCUCAGAGCCUGGAUGACAGCGACACAAACCCAUACAGCGAGUACGGAGAAAAGGGCUCGUGCAGGUCUGCGGAGAAGAAGAUCAGGGUCGAGAUCAGGAAUUCGGUUCCCAAAGGAUUUCAGAGUACACCGAAAUCUGGGAAAUCUGUAUCCUCUGAAUCUGAUUACGGAUCCACAGACAUGACUGAGGAUUUGCUCAAUGCUGAGCUGAAGCUUAACAGCACUCAAGUAGCCACUAAAGCUGUAGUUAGAGAAGAAACCCGAUAUCCAGACGGUAAGGUAGAACAGCUCCUGUCUGAUGGGUCACGUGUUAUCGUUUUCCGUAACGGAACCAGAAAAGAGAUCUCGGCGGAUCAGAAACUGAUCACGGUCAUGUUUUUUAACGGAGAUGUCAAGCGUGUUCUGGCGGAUGGAACCGCGAUCUACUAUUACUGUGAGGCUCAGACGACUCACUCCACGUACCCGUCUGGCUUGGAGGUCCUGCAGUUUCCAAAUAAGCAAAAAGAGAAGCGGCAUCCUGACGGUACGCGAGAAAUCCUGUUCCCCGACGGUACCGUCAAGACCGUGUACGCCGACGGCCGACAGGAAAGCUUCUUCCCUGAUGGAACCGUUGUCAAGUUAGCAAAAAACGGAGAGAAAACGGUGGAGUUCACGAACGGUCAGCGUGAGAUCCACACGUCGGAGUAUAAACAGAGGAUUUAUCCUGACGGAACCGUUAAAACUGUCUAUUUAAAUGGAAGGCAAGAGACGAAAUAUUCAUCCGGGAGAAUUCGCAUUAAGAACAAUGACGACGUCGUUAUGAUGGACAGAAAGUGAAAGAAAACCGUUUCUACAUUUUUGUACUAGAAGCCUGAUAUGUACAGUCCUCUUCAGAAUUAUUGGCAUCCUUUAUGAGAAUGGGUAAAAAAAAAAGGCAGUAAUGCAAUGGCAGUGCCAUGUAAUAAUAACAUAAGAGAAGUAGGUGGCAGAAAUAUUGGCACCCAAUAUUGGGGGGGGACUUUAAAAUUUCUAAAUGCACUGUGGAGGUACACACCAAGAGGUGAUUUACCAGUGAAGGAAACCUGAUAACCUGAAGGAAACCCAGCCACACUAUCCUCUCCAUGCCAAUAAAAAAAAAUAACGCUAGACUAAAAGUACACAUCAUCCCUGAAUGCUUGAGCUCAACGUAUCACCUCAGCAUAGCCAGGGAAGUAUGCCAUGAAAAAUUUUAAUGGGUUUGAUUUAUUUAUUUAGCAUUUUUAGUUUUAUAACUCCAUUCAAAGUAUUUUUAAAUGCUAUAAAUUUUUUAUAUUUUUUGCGUAUGACUUCAUAAGAUGACAAAGUAAUAAUAUUGUCUUGAAUAAUAUCAGGUAAUUUAUUUAUAUUAUAUAUAUAUAUAUUAUAUAUUAAAUUUGGACAUAAGAAAAGAUACAUCUGAUCUCAUACACAAAUAACAAAUUCUUAUUAGAGAUAAGUUGUGUUUGAA